AUGUAUCAAUACAAUUCAAUUCAUCCGCCCAGGUCGACCAACCACCAGAGCGGCAGCGCGGGAGCCAGGCUUGCACAGAAUGUCGCCGGCAGAAGUCACGCUGCUCGGGAGAGUUGCCUGAAUGCGCAAGUUGUGUCCGUCGCCAACGUCCAUGUCUGUACCCGAAAGAGUCCCGGGCAGGGAGUGAUAACGAAGCCGUCACUUGCAUUGUCAAUCGUCGCAGUGGCUAAGCUACUCCUAUCGGAUCAAGACGAAAGUGACUUGAUAACAAGAGCCGAAGCAAUAAUUUGGGAGCAUGUGGAAAGGCCUUCCAUGGUGAAGCUCCAGUCAUUAUUGCUCAUAAUUCAUUAUCACAUACAGAAAGGACAUUUUUCGCGAGCUUACAUGUUUGCUGGGCUAGCAGCAAGAGGAGCUACAGCUUUGCGCCUCAAUUAUGAGCGCCCCGAAUUGAAUCCUAUUGCCCAAGAGACUCGGCGACGAGUUCUUUGGGCAUUGACUUUCGUCGACGGCCAGUUCUCCGUGGGCCUGCCGGAGUAUGAAACUAUACCACACACAAUCAUCUACCAGCAGCUCCCAUCUUCGGAGGAUAUGUUCAGCGGAAAUCCACAAACAGAAGCGCAGCUUAGUCUGCUGGGCGCUUGUGUUCGCAUUUCAAAAAUCCAGAAAGACAUUAUGCGCUUGACUCGUCAGCUGGCAUUGUCCGAACAACCAUUUGCACAGCUGAAUGGUCUCGUCCAGGAAAUUCAGAAAGAUCUAUGGCGACUGCGUGCAGAAGUUGAAAUCUCAUGUGGAUAUUCUAUUUGGAACCCAUACGAAAUGGAGAAAUCGCGAUGGUUCCCACGCUAUCUGCAGAUUUCUAUCUCGUGGCACCAAGCCCACUGCGAUUUAUACAGACUGUUCCUCACUGGAUAUCCCGAAGCAGCACCAAGGGUCAUUCUCGAUGCAAUAGAUAUUGACGUGAGGGAUCACGCAGCCCGUCAAUGCCAUGAGCAUGUCACACAAGUCAACCGGAUUCUUUCCGGCUUGCUAAAUACCUCGCAAUUGGUUCUGCCGCAUUACAUCGCUAUCUGUGCAUACCAAGCAACGCGAUUAACGCUCUUUCUACCAUCCUCGCCGCAUGUAGGCUUGGAGCUGGAUAUGACCGACGCCGUUCAGAAAGCCCACACCGCGGUUGCCGUUGCCCAGAAAUACUUCUCAUCGCCGAGUACAAGGGAGCUCGUGUUGGAUCUCCAGCGACUUGUACAAGUAGCAGACACAGACCCUGAGAAGAUUUACUCGGAGUUGUGCCCUUCACCUUCUUUGGAUCAAGGUGUGCAUAGACAUAAUCAUUUGGCGAUUCACAGUUUGGUCCGACAGGCCCAUUUUGUGGACGAGGGCUAUGAAAAUCUCACAUAA